CGCUAAUGAUUUUUUUCUCUCCAUCUCCCACGCGGCACCUUAUCAAAACCCGUAUCGCUCCCCACAACGUUAUAAUGAAAUCGCCCUAAUAACACAGCGCAUUCUCAACCCGCGCACCAAUCCAUGGAAUCUCAUUCUUCUCCAAUCGUCACCUUCUCCCUCCCUCCAAUUGAACUCCAAGCAAUCCCCAAUCUAUCUGAGUCCAUUCCCGAUCUCCCAACACUACCAAACCCCAUUGACAAAUCCCCAUACUAUCACCCUAGCCCUUCGUUUUACCUCUCCUCCUCCGACGUCGUUCUCCGCCAAAUCAUCUUCGAUCUUUCCUCCUCCUCCUCUUCCUCUCCCCUCCUUGCCUAUCACCGUGCUGGUCCUCGCCGGUUUAUCCGAUUCGAUUCUGGCGCCGUGCGCGCCGCCAUCGUUACCUGCGGCGGCCUCUGCCCUGGGCUUAAUACUGUUAUAAGAGAGCUUGUUGUCUCGCUUUGGGACCUCUAUGGCGUUCGUAAGAUCUUUGGGGUGCAAUCCGGGUACCGAGGGUUUUAUUCAGCGGAAACUGUGGAGCUCAAUCCGAAGGUUGUUGAUAAUUGGCAUCUGAGGGGAGGGACUGCCCUUGUUACGUCAAGGGGAGGUUUUGAUCUGGAGAAGAUCGUGGGGGCGAUUGAGAAGAAUGGGUUUAAUCAGGUAUACUGCAUUGGUGGAGAUGGUACCAUGAGGGGCGCAGUUAAGAUCUUCAACGAGAUUCAGCGCCGUAAGCUUAAUGUCUCCAUCACCGGCAUCCCCAAAACCGUGGACAAUGAUAUCGGCAUCAUCGACCGCUCCUUUGGCUUCCAGACUGCAGUUGAGACCGCAAUGCACGCUAUCAAUGCUGCUCAUGUGGAAGCUGAGAGUGCAGUCAAUGGUGUCGGACUCGUCAAAUUAAUGGGACGAAGCACAGGCCACAUCGCCAUUCAUGCAACGCUUAGCAGCCGUGUCGUCGACUGCUGUCUUAUCCCCGAGGUUGAUUUCUACUUGGAAGGCAAAGGUGGUCUCUUUGAGUUCCUUGAUCAGAGACUGAAGACGAAUGGUCAUUCUGUUAUUGUUGUGGCUGAGGGUGCUGGACAGAACCUGAUACCAAGGACUGCAUCACAGAAAGCUGAGGAAGAUGAGUCUGGGAAUCCGGUGUUCCUGGAUGUGGGUCCAUGGCUGAAGUCAGAGCUGAAUAAAUGGUGGAAGAGAGAUCAUCCUGGAGAGCUCUUCACAUUGAAGUACAUUGAUCCGACCUAUAUGAUCCGAGCAGUUCCUGCAAAUGCUACUGACAAUUUGUACUGCACUUUACUUGCUCAUUCAUCCAUUCAUGGCGCCAUGGCAGGCUAUACUGGAUUUGUUUCAGGUCAAAUUAAUGGGAACUAUGCUUAUAUUCCUAUUGAGGAGGUGGCUGCAGCGAAACAUGUGGUUGAUGUGAAGGAUCACAAGUGGGCGUGGCUCAGAUCAGUGACAAACCAACCAGAUUUUCAACAAUUUUAAGGCCCGGUAAGAUUUGCUUGCCUUUUUUACUCGUCGAUCAUGCUAGAUAAUUUUGGCAAAGUUUUUUAGUUGGGACACAUUUAAAAUAAUUAUUUUGUUUGAAACAUGUUUAAAUAUCAUUUUAAGGUGAACAACUCAUCUCUUGUUUAA